AUAACACUGACAAUUAAAUUUUUCAAGUUCCUCGACGGCCUACAGUUUUGUAGUUCUGUGUCUUUUUCUCAACUUUGAACUUGACAUUGAUUGCUUUAUGCUACUGGUUCAAGCUCAACUCAGUGUGCUUUAAAUCACCGAUUAUCACUCUAUCGUCCCUGUUGGUAUUUUUUAUUUUGUUUGUUGGCUGUACGGUCUCAUUAGUGCUCCAUCGAUGAUUUACAAACUGUUUAAAUUUUCUAAACCGAAUUGUUUUCAUUACAGCUCUAUCGGAGGUUACAAACGAUUUGUUCAACUGAACGAUUCUUACGUCAAAUACUUCACAACAGUCUGUUCUGCAAUGGCUGCUAAAACCGCAUUAUUCAUUGUGGCAGAAGGUUCUGAAGAACUGGAAUUAGUUGCACCCGUUGACAUUCUUCGACGCGCUAAUGUAAUGUUUACCAUAAUUUUAAUUUGUAUUUAUAAUUAUGUAUGUCACAUAUUUACCAUGAUUUAAUUGACAUGUCUAAAAUGAUGUGUGUUAUACCCCAUAAUCUUAUACCCGUUUAAACCGUUGAUAUUUUGAUUUUGGAUCAGGGAGUCUAUUUUUAAGUUCGCUCUUAUCAUUGAUGAAUAAUUUAGUAUAGUAAUAAAUUGUUCAUAUUAUUGCCCUCAUACAUGUGUCCCAUUUUCCGUCUAAUAUCAUAUAAAUUAUCAUGGUAUUUAUCUAUAAUUGGUUAGAAUAAUAGAAAAUCUGAUUACUAUUUAUUUAUACUUAAUUCCAUUAGGGUAAGUAUCUGGUAUACUAACAAAAGUUUUACAAACCAUUUUUGAUAUUUUAUUUCCUAUAGGUUCCUAAAAAUCAUCAUGGAAAUAGUCUGACAGUAAGAAGAUUGAAAAUCUAACUGCUGAUUGUUGUUUUGUGUAGCUAUAUAAACAUGAAAAACCUCAUUUUUCAAUAUUUUGACAUUUUUUUUUCGUAUACCAAAAAACCACAAGAUGUCAUUAAAAGUAAUAAAAACAGUCGAAAUUUUGAUUGUGAAUAAUUUAUUUAGCUGAGUUACCAAAUUACAAGAUAUUUUAACUUUUUUUCCUCUGGACUGGAGAUCAAUGAAGUUGUUUUUUUUUCCAGAAGCUAAAACAUAAAUAACUUAAAGCUAUUUUAAAACUAAACUUCCCACGCAAUUCCAUUAAAUGAUAGAUGUUUCAGAAAAAAACAUGCAACAACUAGCUUAUACACAUAUUAUUAAUUUAUAAAUUAAAUCUCUAAUAAAUCGUAUGUGAACACACAGAACUUAACUCUGGAGUACAAUAAAAAUAUUAAAUAUAAAUAAAAUCCUAACUUGAUAAAUUAUCACUUGAAAUUAUCCUAAAAAAAAAUUGUUUUUAUGUAAUUGUUUGUAUUCAGAGGCUUUUAACAUUUUCAGUAUUAAUUUUCUUAUUAACAUUAAGACUUUAAUUGUUCCUAAAUACAUUCUAAUUUUUUAUUUGUAUGCUACUUUUUGUUCAGCAGUAAUUUAAACUGUUAAAAAAAAUUACAUACUAAUUGUGUUAUUUGUUUAAAAUCAUUGCUCGCUCGUGAAAUGAAUUUUUUUCCCCUGUAAAAUAAGAUUUAAUGGUAUUGUUAAACUUGUAGAAUUAAAAUAUAAAGUAGGCUUGUGAAAAAAACAAAUUUUUUUUUUGAUCCACCUUACUGUUUAAUCCAAGAUCACAUUUUUAUUUAUCCUCUAUGCAUCUUCAAAUGAAACUAUCCAUAAGAACUUAAAUAUUCCCACUGUUAAACAAACUGCCAUAGUUCGCUGUAUAAAUGUUCACAACAUUCAUUCUGACCAUCCGAACACCCUAAUUAAGGAACUGUCCACUUUUACAUUUCCUGUCACCUAAAAAGUCAAUGGUAUAGAGAUCUAAUUUAAUAUUAAUUUAAAAUUGUCACUGAAUUUUUUUUAUAUAACCUAUGUAACAAAUUCAUAUUGUAAAAACAAAACUGACAUACUUUGCACAAUGAGUGGGCUACUAUUGUUGGAGUGAAGUUGGAAAGAUAAAGGGGUAAUUUAAUGUUUAUCUGUGUGCAAUGAUUGAUCAUUGUUAACAAAAAACGGUUCUGAGCGGAGUACGAUUUCACAUGUUUUGAAAUGCCAUAAUAUUUAUGAUUUAAAAAUAAUAAAUUUCGUAAAUUUUCCCAUUUCUAUGAAAACCCCUGAGUAAAUCAUAAGGUGACCUUUCUAAAGUACCACCCCACUUAAAUUUCCUUUUAUAAAAAGUGUCAUAUUUGAAAAUCAGAGCAAAAUGUAUGCUAGGAAAAAUAGAAAAAAUAAACAUCAUUUUUAAACCAAUACAUUCCUCGUUCAAAAUCUAAAAUACAUAUAGAUUGUGUUUUUCUAAAUAAAAAACAAAUUAUGUGCAAAUAUUAUGUAUGCACACUAUUUAAUUAAUGUAAGAACUAAUGAUACUUAAUCAAUGUUAAUAAUAUUGUUAUUCAAAUAGGUAAUUGUUACCAUUGCUGACUUGGCUGAUUCAGACUAUGUCAAGACUAAAUCUAACCUUUUGAUUAAAACUGAUGCUAAAUUGGGAGAUGUAAAAAAUACCCUUUUCGAUGCUGUUGUCAUACCUGGAGGCCCAUCAUACAAAACUUUAGCUGAAGUAAGUUUUGAUGUUAUACUUAUGAUCUCAUUCAAUUAUGGUAUAAGAUUGUCAUUGUUUUAAAUCACAAAUUAAAUUACAUAAAAUUAUUUGUAUUUAUAAUUGUUUCAAAAUAAAAUUUGUUUGUUGAUCAAUUGUAAGUCAUUCAUAUUUUUAAUAGUUAUAAACAUUGUUAAAAUUUUAUUUCAGGCUAACAUAGUUGGAGAAAUUCUGCAAGCCCAUGAAAAAUCAGGAAAAAUUAUUGGAGCUAUUUGUGCCGGUAAGAUUAUUUUUACAUAAAUACUUUCAAGUAUUAUACCUUAACUGUGUGCUGAGUAUAUUAUAAUGCUUAUAUAGCAUUAUAUAAGUGUUUUUUUGAAACGGUUUUUUCUAGCGCCAUUUGUGUUAUUCAAACAUGGAAUCGCAAAAGGAAAAUCAUUGACAUCUUACCCAACAGUGAAGAACUCUAUUGAGGAAUUUUAUCAGUACAAAGAAGAUAGUACUGUGGUUGACGGUAAAAAUUAAAUAUUUACUAACUUAUUUGUUAUGCUCUUUGUGUCAGGUAGUUUAUGAUUUUAUUAAAAAAAUGAUAAAAUAACAUAGGUUAUCAAUGGUAUUUGUUUAUAGAAUUUAAGUUUAAAAAAGUCCUCUACAAUGAACUUUAAAAACUUAAAUUGAGGGGAUGAGCACAACAGUGGCUUAUUCCAUUAAAUGGUUAAUAGGAGUAAUACAGCUUUUUAAUUUCUUUAAAAAUUUGAUCAAAAAAAUCAAUAUUAAAAAACAAAAUAAAUGUAUAAACUAUUGUUUAUUAUUAAAUAUUGAUACAUUUAAGAGUUAUUUUGGAACAAUUCAUACAAAAUUCUCCAAAUUUUUGUUGGAAUAGGUCAUUUUUUCCAUAGUUGUUUACCAAAAACACGUUUCUUAAAUCAAAUAUUGAAAUUGAAAAUAUUAAAAAAUUUAAACCUUUAUUAAAAAUAAAAGAUGUUAUUGCAAUUUAUCUUUCUUUUUUUUGUUAUAAUAUUAUUUUAAAAUAAUAUGAUAGCAGUGGCCUAUCCCACACCCAUACACAGAUUGUUGCAUAGUUAUAUAGUACUGCCAUCUAGUGUUGAAAUUAAAACAAAAACAGGCCGGUGUUGCAUUAGAAUAUUCUAAACAAGAUUAUAUAAUUAUCUCAGUUUAUGAAUUUUGGUGGGUUAGGCCACUGUUAUGCUCAGUCCCUCAAUUAUACGGUUUUGUUUGUAACUCUAACUAUUGAGAUGUAUACUACAUAGUAAUGUAAUGUACAUUACUCAACAUAAGAAGAAUUACAAUGAUUAUUAAUGUAUUCUUUUUUAUAAAUAGGUCAUAUUGAUUGAUUUAAUAAGGGCAUCUAUUUAUGGUUAAAAUACAUUUGAUCCUGUAUACAGAAAAACCCGUCUUUAAAAAAAAAAACAAAACAAAACAAAUUUUAAAACUAUGGGUGACGUGGUAAAGUGCUUUUAUUUCCAAAUUAGUGCCAAAAUGAAUUCCCUAACUUUUAUUUAUUUAAAUUUAAUUAUUUUUCUUAGCUAUUUGUUAAGUGUGGUAUUAUAUUCAUGCAAUAUCUAUAAUGUUUAAUAUUUAAAAUUUGAGAUAUAAAUAAUAAUAUAACUUGAAAUUGUUUUUAGAUUUUGUCCAUUUUAAAUUAAUACAAUUAUUAUAUUUUUAAGGAAAUCUUGUGACAAGCCGUGGACCAGCAACAGCUGUUGAAUUUGGAUUAAGCCUUUCAGAAGUGUUACUUGGUACUGAAGAAAAAGUUAAAGUUGCUAAUGGCAUCUUGUAUCCUCUUUAAAUAUGAAUAAUAUCUUCUGGCAUUAAACAUCACAACAAAAUAUUUAUUUUUUUCGUGUAGACAAUAAUUUUAUAAAAAACAUAAUCAAAUAUAAUUUAUUUUCCAUACUCUUUGUUAAUUAACAUAACAUAAAGAAGAAUGUACUCAUUUUAUAAUGGUUUUAAAUUUUCAAAAUGAUAAACUUAUUUUAUGUAUUCACUAAAAUUAAAAUAAAUUAACUUUUAGUUAUUUUAUUUACAAUGAUGUAUAAGAAGUUAUUUUUCUUUUCACCAAAAACAUUUUUUUGAUAUAGUUAUUAGGUAUAUCGUUAUUGAUUUAUGUUUCUUUUGUGAGCUUUGCUAAAAUUGAAAUAUUCGUUUAUAUUUUUAUUCCAGAAAACGUGUCAACUUUAAUUAGAUACAAUUAAAACUGAAUCAUUCAUUGCCCAGAAUUUUUCAAUAGUAGGAGGGGACUAAACGUAGUAAAUACAAAUUAUACAUAAUAGCACCAUAAUAUAUUAUAUCAGAGGUGGCCAAACUGUUGACAGUUGAAAAGUAGAUUGGGGACUGUUUAAAUGUCGAUCUCGAAAUUACUUAUCAUUUUUAUCUAUAUACGUCAUUAUUUUGUUAUCAAUUUAUCAAACAGUAUAAUUCUACAGCGUUUAUACUAACGAUUAUAUUUAAAAUAUUUUACCAGUCUUAAUAAAAGUGUAACAAAAAACAUUAUUUUAACUAUACAUUUUAGUUUUAUUAUUAAUUAUACCUGUAUGUUUGUUUUUAAUGCCUAUUAGGUAAUUUAUUAUACAUUUUUGUUAGGAAAUUGAUCCUCAAAGGAAAAAUAUAUUUUUAGUAUAGAUCUCUACCACAAAAAGUUUGGCUACCCCUUAUGUAUACCUCUAGUGGCACCGAAUCCUAUAAUUAUAUGUAUGUCGAGUCACCUAACAACCUACCCACCCACCCCCAGAAAAUUUAUAAAUAUUUUCUAAAUAUAGACAAUUUAUUCUAUAAGUAUAAGGUAUACUUACUUAUUAAUUAUUACUUAAUAAUUAAAACGGAAUAAUAAUACGAAUAUGUGACUUACCUAGGUUAGGUCUUAUAUUGUAAAUGGUGGAGGACAUCCUGUGCCAUAAGGAACAGAAUGAAAGGAUCAGAGAGGCCGAAGCUAGGGCUAUGGGUUCUUGAAUCGAGCUGGGAAGACUCGGAGAGCGAAUAACUACAGUAGUGUUGUUAGUUAAUUUAGACAUAGGAUUAUUUUGCUUCGUUGUAGUUUUUCAAUUACCCAUAUGUGUUAUUAGACUGUGCUGCAUAUGAGAAACAGGAUUUUAUGACUUAAAAUAAGUAUAACUGUAAUUGUUCAAGGUAAAUACAUUUUUAAACUAAAGGCUUUUAUAUGAUAAAUCUAUAUAUAAAAAUGGAUCCCUAUUUCCCUUGGUCUCGCCGUUGUUUGAAAAAAACUGGAGCGAGUUUAACGCGGUUUUUCGCAAAAUGUUCCACAUUACCUAGAGAAGAUUUAUAGCUAUUGAAAUCAACCCCUAUUGAAUAGGGCAUGGCCGGUUUCCGCCAAAAUCGUACCUUUUUCUUUUCCGCCAAAUAAACAAAUUUAGUCUAUAAUAUUUGAAUAUUAAUGGACAAUUGUAUACAUUACAAUUAUUAAUUAGACAAAAAAAUAAUCAAGUUUUUUCUAUUUAUGUAUGAUAAAAAUUGUGUAUAUAAUUUAUUGAAUAC